GUGAUGAGGGUGGAGGGCGGUGGACCAGGAGCAGGAGGGAGAGACUCGGCUUCGAAUCAGGGGGUUGCUUUCAGAGGACUACGCAGUGCUCUCUCGUCUCGCGAGCCGAGAGAACGAGAGGACGAGAGAGGAUCGUUGGUCGCGUCGAAUUGCAUCGCUAUGCUUCGCAUCGCAUCGCAACGUAUCGUAUGAUAUCGUAUCGUAUCGUAUCGUAUCGUAUCGUAUCGUAACGUAUCGUAUCGCGUCGUAUCGUAUCGUAUCGCAGUCGGAAAGAGUUGGGCUACAAACUGACCAGCCGCGAAACCCUUUUGAUAGAUCUCACUACCCUUCGAAGAAUUUAACCCUUAGCAACCUCCCUUUCCAUUCUCUUUGCUCUUCACCCUUGAUAUAUAUAUAUAUAUAUAUAUAUACACAUAUAUACAUAUAUAUAUAUACACACGUCAUCUAUCACUAACCCUUUUUACCCGCCAAAAACGUUUUAUCCGGAAGUAAGCUGAUCAUCUUCCUUGUUAUUUGUCUUUUUUCUUUCUCUCUCUCUCUCUCUCUCUCUUUCUCUUUCUUGUUCUUUCUUUCUUUCUCUAUCUCUAUCUCUAUCUCUAUCUGAAGUUCUAUCUCCAUCUGUUUUUCUCAACAACGACGACGACAACGUCUCUCUCAACGUACACUCUCCUAUGACACACCCCCUCGAGUACUCUGAACGUGACGAUCUCGAGGGAUGAAGCCUCGACCGCUGAUUAACACGUCUGGAUUUAGAGAUCGCUCGAUGGGAAUAAGUUAACGCUUACGGAAAGCCCACGGCGAGGUCUUUGAGACGUCUAUGAUACUAACGUAAGACGAAAUAUAAUCGUCUAUCCCGACUAAAUUCGAAACAAGAAUGGAAGAAGAGAAAACGGUUGGAUCUAUUUAUACCAAAGGCCAGAGAGUUGCGAUUGGUGGCUGACGUUGUGCUUCGAGGAUCUGAUUGGUUCGUUCGGUUUCACAGCUCAGCGGUGGCAAUGAUAGGAGCAAAUUUAAGGUUCGGCAUCGGUGCCUCCGGAAACGUAACAUCCAACGCCACCAAAGUAUUUCAGUGUCAUCCUGGUGGUGUUGCUGAAGCAACUGUUAUAUUCAGUCUUGGUGCCCUUGGAAUGGGUGCUAAUAUCAUACUUAUGUCAUUGAUACUAGUGAAGCGACAAUUACGAAGAUGGUCUCAGGGCUUAUUAUUUCAUCAAGCUAUGGUGGAUUGUGCAAGAGCUGCAAUUUUACUACCCCUGGGCUCGAGUAUUUUGAAUUGUCAGCCAGUUAACAAAUGCUCUCUAGUCGAAACAGCUUUCCUACUACUUGUAACAGUUUCAACAGUGAAUAUGCUUACAACUGUGUUAAAUGAUAGUCCCAUAUUCCCUGAGAGCGAUGAGGAAGUUGAGUUAACCGCUCCUUUACUUAUGGAUUCACCGCAGUGUGUACUAUUUGGUACCUUUAUGAUAUGGUUCGCUAGCAUAACCAUAAAUCUUGGUCCGACGUUUCUAAGCGGUGCACUGGCAGCCAACACAGAAAGUGGACACAAUGCACCGAGCUGUCCACUGGUGCAUGGUCCCUUUCGUCACUACAUUCUCAACGUUCUUUGGAUCGUCAUAAAUAUAAUCUGUGUGGCACUCACACUUUUUCAUUUACGAAAACUACACAGAGACUUGACAAAAGCUAAUAUAGAAGCGGUUCGUGUAGCUGAUCUUGUUACUACAUUGGUCCACGUCACUGGUGCUCACCAAAGAGGAUCGAGUACCGUUCCUUGUGAAGAUGACACGAACGAUGCUCGAACUCCAGUGACACCAAAAAGAAGCAAUGCUCUGGAGGAGUACAGAAAGAUGAGAAAUUAUUUGAGAAGAAUGGAACAGGAGGGUGUGCAAAGGGUAAAAAUGUUCCUGGUUAUUACUGCAGCGUACGUGAUAUUUUGGGGACCACUAUUUUUCGUCACGCUAGUGCAUCAUCCUAUCAUAGGAAACGCGAUUGGUUAUGAGGUCACUUUGCACAUAGCUUAUGUGCAUGCCUUCGUCAAUCCAACCCUUUUUUUGACCUUACAUAAAGGUCUAAGACAAGGAAUGUCGGAUGUCUGUUGUACCUGUUGCGAGAGCAUAGCUCGGUGGAUUUUAGGUACUACAGCAAAUAAUACUAUCCAAAGUGUACAACCACCAAGAUAUGAACCACCAUUGAACGUACCAUCUCCACCGGAUCCACCCUUAGUACAGCCUAUAUCAACAGCUGCUUGCGAUCUCACUGAUGUUGCACUUUUGAAACCACCUUUACCACCUAACGCUAAACAUCUAGUCGUUGAGGAUCAAGUUCCACCAGAUCCAUGGAGUUUAAUUUCAAGACCGAAAAGUACAUCGAGUCUUUAUGAGGAAGAAUUAUCAAGAAGACCUAGUCUUUUGUUACCACCACCACCACAACUGAAUGAUCUACAAAUGACGAGUCCUACUAGCAGCGAUCUACCCAGUGAAUAAAACUUUCGAACUAUUAUAUAUAUCGAUAUUAUUAUAUAUAUAUACGUAUAAAAAAAAAAAAGAGAAAGAAAAAAAAUUCUCGUUUAAUCAAAGGGAAGAUUAUUGUAUCGUGAAAAUGGACAAACUAUUUGUCCGCUAUGUUUCCUCGUAAAAAAAAAAAAAGAGAAAGAGAGAGAGAGAGAGAGAAAAAAAACGAAAUAAAUCUUUCUAAUCGGAUUAAAACGAAGGGUCAUCAUCGUGAAAACGUAAUCGAUUUAGGAUAUCUAUCUUGAAAUUUCUUCAAUAUUGCACAAACUCUAACUCGAAAAAAAAAGAAAAAAAAAAAAAGAAAAAAAAACAAAAAGGAAAUGGAAAAAAAAAAGCGGAAAGAAUUAUUUCUAAUAUAAAUUCGUAGAGAUUAGAACUGGCACCUCUUUAUCGAUCCCCAUGGUACGAACUGAUGUAGAAAUAAAAUUCGAUUGAUAUAACUGUUAUAUCGAGACGUUUUUGUCCGUUCUAAACUAAUCUUCAUCCGAUGGAAUAAGUGUGUGAAUAUAAUUUAUCAAAAAUCUCUAUCAGAGAGCAUCUCGAUAUACAUCCUUAUUGUUAGAUAUACAUAUAAAAAAUAUAUACAUAUAUGCAAAAUAUUUGUAAAAAAAAAAAAAAGAAAGAAAGAAAGAAUACUUGUACGAAACAUACGAUUUCCAUCUCUCCUUAUUAGAUUCAACGAACGAAUUAAUCGACAACUUUUUACUAACCAUUUUUAUUCACCUAAGAUUAGACAGCAAAAUUAAUUGAAAUGUUUAGUCAUGAGAUAGAUGACUAUGAUGAAUAAAAUCAAAUUAAAAUUAUAGAAAGAAAAGAAUGGAAAAAAGUACGCUUAUUACAAUAUUCAUGUUAUCUUACUGAAGAAGAAUACAUUUUUUUCAAAAAGAAAUAAAAAAAAAGAAAAGAAAAGAAAAAAUAAACGAGCUUCGGAAAGUCUAAUUUUUGAUUUUUCUUUCGCAACGUUUGAAAAUGUUAAUUUAAAAUAACAAAUUCCUACGUUGAAAAUAUUAUAUUUCGUAUAUCAAUCGUGAUUUACGUAUCUCAAUAGUCUUUUUUUUCUUUUUUCAAUUAAGGGAAAAUUGAAAAAAAAAAAGAAAACAAAACAAAAAAAAAGUAAUGUAGAUUAAUAGUAUUAAUCACGUAUAAACUAUGCUGAUAAACAUAAAAUAAAAUGAAACUUCGCGAUAUGAAGUUUCGAAAGUAUUAAUAAUAUAGUAUAAGUAUAUACAUUAAAUUAUAUAAAAUAUAAAUAUAUCAUUGUAAUUGAUAGCUUUUAUAAUUUUCUCUAUGAGCGUACUAUUAAAUGUUGAAUUGAAUCUUUAUCAGCCGAUGUUACAUUGCACAACGGUGUGUGUGUGUAUGUGUGUUUUUG